AUGAGUCUGCAACAAGCUACAACAGUUCGUCCCGAGGAGUGUACGACGCAGCCCCUCCCGGAUGUUCGACUUGAGUCUGACGUGCUCGAUAUAGAUGGAGCCAGCAGCACGGGCUUCGUCCCCCGGGCUGAGAGCACAGUUCGCCCGGCAAUGAUUGAAAAUGACCCAUUAAUCCAGUCAUACUACAAGAAUUUUCACAUCUGUCAUCCCUUCGUCUUACCCCGGAAACACCUGACAAAACUAUAUCAAGACCCGAGCAGACAACACGGCCUUGCACCCCUAGUCGCCAACCUGCGCUUGAUUGGGAAUAUUUACAAUACGCGAGAAUGGUCGAUUCCGCUCAAAGACGAUGUCGAAGCAUCCCUUUCAUCGUUGUCGCCAUCUGAUCCGAUCCAGGUCCAAUGCCGAAUCUUGUACUCGGUAGCCCUGUUCUGGCAUGACUACAAGAUUGAGGCCAAAUCACAGAUGGAUCAAGCAGCUAAACUCGCCAUUGAUCUGCAAAUGUUCCGGGCCGAAUUUGUAGCGUCCCAGGGAGCUGACGACCGGAUACAGAGGGAAUCCUGGAGACGAACGUGGUGGAUGCUGUAUAUUUUCGACGCAUACUACGCGGGCACCCUGGGGACGAUGAACCUCCGGGUGAUGGACAUUGAUGUGACGGUCGAAUUGCCCUGCGACGAGGCAGACUAUGAGUCAGGGAAUAUCCCGGCUCCUAGAACCCUUCAGGAAUUUAAUCACCGCGAAUUUCUCCCCAAUAGUGUUCACUUCUCCUCCUUUGCAUAUCUCAUUGGCGCCGUGCAGUGCGCCGCGGCCGCUAUAUCCAUAACCCCCAAAAUCGCCGCCGUGGAAGACUCGACGCAUCUGAUUCAGGCGGUUGAUUGUACCCUGGACGGAUGGCGACUUUUGUUGCCCCCGGAGCACAAGCACGUCAUGAAGCAGAAUGGCGAAAUUGACGAACUCAUGUUCCAAGCGCACCUGCUGAUCCAUGUAUCCACCAUCGGCCUCCACCGUCCAUUAUCGGCCCUCAAAUUUAACGCCAUCGAGCAUGUAUCGAGCUGUGCCCGGGAACCGCCCCUGGACACACCCACGCCCGAUCUGGUAAAUGUCCAUACCGUCCGAGUCUUACGGGCGGUGGAGGCCCAAAUGCGUCUUCUGGCCUUACCAGUCCGCCAAUUUCACCACACCCCCUUCACCACGUGCAUGGUAAGCGAGGGGACACUGGCGCUCCUCUCCGCUUGCAGUGCCUUCCUUAAGGAGAAGGAGCUAGCCAUCGCAAGAGAUCAGAUCCGGAUGACGCUCGGCUGUCUCAAGGUGCUGGGAGAAGUCUGGCCGAGGACGGCGAGGAAUGUGCGCGAGAUCCAAACGAUUGCUCAGUGCGUCCUGGGCCUUGGAGAAUUUGCCAGUAAUCAGAGUAUGGCUGGAUCGAGUGAACUGCCGUCCCUCGGUGCGGACGGGAUAAGUUUAGAUUCGUCUACCGGCAAUCUGUCGGCGGACGACAACGAUCUGCUUGCUUCCGUCGGCGCCAUUGAAGAUCUCUGUGGCUGGUAUCACCUUGGAGACCUGGAUGAUUCUACGUGGGGGAUGAGCAAUGUAUUGUAA